UGGUAAAUGUAGGAUCGACAAAUGCGAUGGGGGCUAUGAGGACAAGUAGUGCACUGACUGAAGCGCAGUCAGAGAGUUCGGACAGUGGAGCAGCAUCGACUGUACAGUCACCAAGUAAAGAAGGGGGGCGAAUCCACUCUGUUCACACACGGCGGCGAGGCCAUACCACCAGCAGUUCACGAAUUAGCCAUGGCGUUCAAUCGCCUCUACGCUUUGAAGAAGAGAGGCGCCGAUUGGGGUUCUACGGUCCAAAUAUAGGCAGUACUUUGCAUAACGGCCAGCAGAG